AUGGUCUCAUGGCACGACCUUCUGAAGAUGUUCUCAGAGUUCAUCCACCCACACUCCAAUCCUGAGGAUGAGUCCCUGGCGAUGAAGAAGUAUCCGAUCCUGAGAAUGUCGGAAUGGAAGCGAAAGCUCAUUCUUAUCAUCUCGGAUCACUUCUCUACGUUCUCACUUGGUCAACAUUAUCGCAAACAUCCGGACAAGAGACAAAGCACCGUGGCCAUAUCGAAAGCCGAAGCUGAGUAUUACGCCAUGUCACAGGCAGCGAGUGAAGCUAUAUGGAUCAAUUCUUCUUGGAAGAGAACGGAGAACCCGUUUACUCAACCCAUCACGAUCUACUGUGACAAAUAUGUCCAUCUACGGGACAGCAGCACGAGUUUUCGCUGUCGAGCGAUUUUAAAGAAUGGACUGACAGACCUCCGUUAUCUUGAGGACAACAGCUCCCCUGCGUUUCCUCUGACCGAUCUUCGCUUACGCAAGGAAAUACAUAAGAGUGCAAAACACACAAGAUAUCUUUCGUGCAGCAAGAUGGUGGCACUUAGAGUUCCCCGGGAGAUGCUGGCUGCGAAUGGAGAUGCGCCGCACGUACAUGAGAAGGUCUCAAUGGUGGAAGAUGAGAACAGAAUUUUUGCUGUUGUAUUCCGACUCCCAAUCGAUAUUACGAAGAGCACCUCGACAAAGCUGCGCAUUUGGCUCUUUGGCGGAAGUUAUCAACAUGAUCUGGCUGGAAGGAGUUGGCUUCUUCCUCACGUCGGAUUGUCAACACCAACGCCCGGCGGAUCGCGUACUAUCAUACGCCAACGCUGA